AUGGAGGUGCUGGUGCUGUUGGACUUUGAGGGCACCAUGCCAGACGAGCUCUCGGUGAAGACCGGCGAUGUGGUGAAGAAUGUGUCCAAGAGCGCAGAGGAGGGAUGGCUGCACGGGGAAGUGCGGGGAAAGAAGGGCAUGUUUCCCGCUACCUUUGUCAAGGAGGUGCCGGCCUAUUUAAGAGGCAAUGCCAAAAUGGAGCCACGCAGUGUUAGACAAACUAAAAAGACCAAACCGACCCGGAGGUGUGAGGUGGUCUAUCCCUACAGCGCCCAGAACCACGACGAGCUGGAGCUGUGUGCGGGGGAGGUCAUCGAGAUCAUGAACGAGAUUGAAGAUGGAUGGUGGAUGGGGAUCAAAAACGGUAAAGUUGGAGCGUUUCCUUCCAACUUUGUCAAAGAGAUUAUUGUUAAAGACGCAAAGACGAAUGAGGGAAAAUCCAGACCCAAACUCUCCAACGCUGUUUUUACCAAAGGGAAUUCAAAACAAACCAGUGUUCGGAAGAAAGUUAAAAGCGUGGAGUUCUGCAAAGUGAUGUUUGAUUACGUCCCGAAAGCUGAGGAUGAACUGGAGCUGAAGAAAGGAGACGUGGUCGUGGUCCUCAGUAAAGAAACAGAGGAUGAGGGCUGGUGGCAGGGGGAGCUGAACGGACGCUGUGGUUUCUUUCCUGAUAACUUUGUGAUGUCCAUUCCGCCCGUCAGCAGCACACAAACUGGGAUGAGUAAACCUCCGACACGUGGAAACACCAUAAAAGAGGCGGCGAGGCGUGAACUCAUGAGUAGGAGUCCCAGUCCUUUAUCCAGACAGAGGCCUUCGUCUCCAGCCACAGCCAAAGGCAGAGCGGCCUCUCCCGGCUCCAACGCUUCACCAAAGGGAAGUCCCUCCACCCCCAAGACCCGGCCCAAGAGAGCCAGGACGCCGGCCAGAAUCGACGCCCGCACCUCCUCCCCUGCUCCCCUCCAAAGAGUCCGAGAGCCGCGGAGGUCUGGGACUCCAGAGAGACGAGGCUCUCCGGUCGCUCCUGCCGCAGCUGCCUCCUCCUCCUCCCCCGAGCAGCCGCCGGCCCGCACCUCCCCCGCCUCCCCCGCCCCCGCCUCCUCCCCCACCCCUUCUGCCAAACCCAUGGCUGGAACCAACGACGCGGAGGAAGCGGGUCGGAUCCUGGCCGAGAAACGGCGUCAGGCCCGAGAGCAGAGGGAGCGCGAGGAGCAGGAGCGACGGCUACAAGAGGAGAAAGAACGGGCUGAGAGAGAGGAGCGGUUAGUGCGAGAGGCAGAGGAGCAGCAGCGGCGGGAGGAGGAGGCCCGAGCCAUGGCCGAGGAGCAGCGCAAAAGAGACGAAGAAGUGCGUCUGCAGGAGGAGAAGGAGGCGCAGGAGAAGGCCAAAACCGAGCACGAGGAGAAUCUACGGCUCCAGAAACAAAAAGAGGAGGCCGAGGCUCGAGCCCGUGAGGAGGCGGAGAAGCAGCGCCUGGAGAGGGACAAGCACUUCCAGAAGGAGGAGCAGGAGAGGCUGGAGAGGAAAAAGCGUCUGGAGGAGAUCAUGAAGAGAACACGCAAAACAGAUGCAGGAGACAAGUCCAAGUCGGCUGCAGCGGCUCCAGCUCCCAUCAAAGCAGCAGCAGAUCAUCAGCCACAGACGGACCUGAGCGUGUCCGACCACAAGACGGAGAACGGACAGACGCCGGAGACUGAGAGCACCAAAGUCAAAGUGGUGAAUGGGGUCCCGCCGAGUCGCCAUGACAACGGCCUCAGUCCCAAGCAAGAUUCGGCCAACUUCAAAGACAUCAUGGAACUGACCAAUCACGGAAACACGACCAACGGGACCAAGUCCGACAGCAGCACGAUCUCGUCACCCAUCCUGGACUUCAACAGCGACCAGGCCUUUCUGAAGAAAAGUGUCAUCCAACCACAGCAUGUGACAGAGGUGCUGUGA